UCGUAUUUGUGUCAAUAUCCAAUACAAAUAACUCUUAUAUUUAAACAAUUUUAAUUUUCAUUCACUCAUUCAACAUUUUAUUUUUCUUUAUAUCUUCUUUUAUAUCACCUGAACCUCUCUAUUUCUAUCUCCCUCAUUUAAGAUGUACAGCAUUUUUCUUAUAAGAAUUUAGUGAAGUUUGGGGUGGACCAUGUUCUAACUCUGACCCAUAACUAACACGCCACAAACAACAAAGUCAAAACACAUUUUAAAAGAAUUAGUCAUGAGAAUGUUCGCCCCUUAACACAAACUUUUCACUCAAUAAUAAAGCAAUGGCUUCCAUUUCAUCAACACAAGAACUCACCUUUCUCUUUUCACUUCUCAUGUGGUGCAUGCAUGCAUGUGUCCCUCCCACUAUACACGUAUAUAUAAAAAACUACACCAAUUAGCAUACAAUAAUAUUAUAGCCACAAAAAUACGUAUCACAAGAAACCUUUCCAAACUCAUUGGAUGGAUAUACAUGAUGAAAUUUUGUCAGAAGGUGAUGACGAGGGAAUAAUUAAAAACGAUGAGAAGCAUUUGAGUAAAUCAUCAACCGAAGCUCAAGAAACGAAGCGAAACCAUACAAGUAUUAAAAGACAAGUUUCACUUAAGACAGGAUUCUCUGUUCUGAACAGAGAAAGAAAAGGUAGAGAUGAUCAAAGGAAGGUUCAGACAAGAAGUGGAACCAGCUUAGGAGUUUUUGAUUUGGAAGCACAGCAAACUGAUUUUAGUAUCUUAAAGACAAAAUCUUCACCGAGUAAGCAGAAUUCUUUGUUGCCAAGAAAAUUAGAGUCACAGGAUAUUAAUGGUGUGGAUGAUGAUUCUAUUAAUGAAGUUGUUCCUGCUGGUAGAUACUUUGCUGCUCUUAGAGGACCUGAGUUAGAUGAAGUUAAUGACUAUGAGGACAUCCUUCUCCCCACAGAUGAGAAAUGGCCCUUUCUCCUUCGGUUUCCCAUAGGAUGCUAUGGUAUCUGUCUUGGCCUAGGCAGCCAAGCUGUUCUGUGGCGUACAAUGGCAACAAGCCCUGCCACCAGUUUUCUCCAUAUUAGACCAGCUGUCAGUUUUGCAAUAUGGUUGUUGGCUUUAGCAGUGCUAAUAGCUGUUUCCAUCACCUACAUUCUCAAAUGCAUAUUCUACUUUGAAGCUGUUAGAAGAGAGUAUUUUCAUCCGGUUCGUAUCAACUUCUUCUUUGCCCCUUGGAUUGUCUGCAUGUUUUUGGCCAUCUCUGUACCCUCUCAACUUGCUCCACAUACUACCCUUCAACCUGCUAUUUGGUGCACUUUCAUAGUACCUUAUUUUCUCCUUGAACUCAAAAUCUAUGGCCAGUGGCUUUCUGGAGGCAAAAGACGUCUGUCUAAGGUUGCAAAUCCCUCUAACCAUCUUUCUGUAACAGGUAACUUUGUUGGAGCAAUUUUAGCUUCAAAAGUUGGUUGGAAUGAACCUGCCAAAUUCUUUUGGGCUGUUGGAUUUGCACAUUACCUAGUUGUUUUUGUUACAUUGUAUCAGAGAUUGCCAACAAGUGAGGCAUUACCUAAAGAGCUACAUCCUGUAUACACCAUGUUUAUUGCUGCUCCGUCUGCAGCUUCUCUUGCUUGGGAGAGUAUCUAUGGAGAGUUUGAUGGGUUAUGCAGAACUUGCUACUUCAUCGCCUUGUUUCUCUACAUUGCACUUGUCGUCCGGAUCAAAUUCUUCACUGGUUUUGGGUUUUCAGUGGCGUGGUGGGCUUACACCUUUCCCAUGACAACCAUGUCGGUGGCAACCAUCAAGUAUGCAGAGCAGGUUCCUUCCAUCAUAAGUAAGUGCCUUGCUCUUGGGCUUGCAUUUAUGUCAUCAACAAUGGUCUCUUUUUUGCUUGUGUCCACACUUCUGCAUGCUUUUGUUUGGCACACCUUGUUCCCGAAUGAUCUUGCAAUUGCCAUAACGAAGAGGAAGAAAGGCAGGGAGAAAAAACCCUUGAAGAAGGCCUAUGACAUAAAGCGUUGGACAAAGAAAGCUCUGACCAAGAACUCAGAGAACAAGGAUACUAGUAAGAAUAAUGGCUAAAACAGCCCAUGUGAUACUAGUAGUGCCAUGGCUUAAGAUGGGUAGCAGCAUACUCCAAUAUUACCCUUAUAAUUCUAAAUUGGGAUCAAUCAAGGAUUUAUGCACGAGUGAGCAGCUAUAUUUGAAUGGUAUUUUGUGUUCUAAAAGAAUUAAAACGCUUCAUAUAUAGAUUAGUUAAUUGCCUAAUUUUUAGCUAUUUGUUAGACUACAGCUACCUUAUCAAUUUCUUUUAAUCAGCUCUAGAAAUGCUAAUAUACUUAAAAUGCUCUUAUUCAAGAGUUUAGA